CUUAAAGAUCAUUUUCACUGUCAGCCUGAGCUUAUUUUAUCCUCCACCCAUCAACUGACAGUGUGUUAGAAGACAGUGGACUCAUAUGGCAACUGCUUCCCUUCUCAAAUCUCUCUCGAAUACCAGUGAAUGCGAACUUCUCUUUAACAAACCAGCCAGGUUUUCUGCCUUGCAUUGACAGGAAAAACCCUUACGCCUUGUUCUCGGAGGGAAGAUUGCUGGCUGAGCUGCGUGGGGUUGGGCUGCUCGGCAGCCAGCUCCUCCCUCUCGCUAUUUAUUCCUUUCUCCCCCCCUCCUCCCCUACGCUUGAUCUGGAUCAUCUCAAGCCGAGCGGUGGAGGCUUCUUGGAUCGCUCAUACAUAAACAUCUUUGAGUCAGAGGAAGCAACCACUGACCCCAAGACCUCACCCCCCAGCCAUGGCCAGGCUCCUCACCACCUGCUGCCUGCUGGCCCUGCUGCUCGCUGCCUGCACCGACGUCGCCCUCUCCAAGAAGGGCAAAGGCAAACCCAGCGGUGGGGGUUGGGGUGCUGGGAGCCAUCGCCAGCCCAGCUACCCCCGCCAACCUGGCUAUCCCCAUAACCCGGGGUAUCCCCACAACCCAGGGUACCCCCACAACCCUGGCUAUCCCCAUAACCCCGGCUACCCGCAGAACCCUGGCUACCCCCAUAACCCAGGUUACCCAGGCUGGGGACAAGGCUACAACCCAUCCAGCGGAGGAAGUUACCACAAUCAGAAGCCAUGGAAACCCCCCAAAACCAACUUCAAGCACGUGGCGGGGGCAGCUGCAGCUGGUGCUGUGGUUGGGGGCUUGGGGGGCUACGCCAUGGGGCGUGUUAUGUCAGGGAUGAGCUACCGCUUUGAUAGCCCCGAUGAGUAUCGGUGGUGGAACGAGAACUCGGCGCGUUAUCCCAACCGGGUUUACUACAGGGAUUACAGCAGCCCCGUGUCGCAGGAUGUCUUCGUGGCCGACUGCUUUAACAUCACAGUGACUGAGUACAGCAUUGGCCCUGCUGCCAAGAAGAACACCUCCGAGGCUGUCCCGGCAGCAAACCAAACAGACGUGGAGAUGGAGAACAAAGUGGUGACGAAGGUGAUCCGCGAGAUGUGUGUGCAGCAGUAUCGCGAGUACCGCCUGGCCUCGGGCAUCCAGCUGCACCCUGCUGACACCUGGCUUGCCGUCCUCCUCCUCCUCACCACCCUUUUUGCCAUGCACUGAUGGGAUGCCGUGCCCCAGCCCUGUGGCACUGAGAUGAAAUCGUGUCCCCACGCCCACCCAUGGGGUGUCCCUUGUCCUUGCUUUUGUCCAUCUUUGGUGAAGAUGUCCCCCCCGCUGCCUCCCUGCAGACUCUGAUUUGGGCAACUGGGAGGGAAUUAUAUCCUGUCCUGGUCAUGGCAGGAUGGCUGCUGGUGGUGGAGUGGGAUGCCCAAAAAAUGGCCUUCACCACUUUCUCCUCCUCUUCCUUAAUGGGGCAGAGAUAUGGGCUCACUCAGCCCUCAUUGUCCCUGUGAGAGCAUAUAUGAAAAUCCUCUUUGCUGACAAGCAAGGUUUUACCUAAUCUACUUAGCCCUGGUGACAGCAGAGCGCCUUUCCCCAGAGCACACCAACCCCAGGUGCUUGGCACCCACACGUCCCAUGGAGGCUGAUGGCUUUUGGGGUGUCCCAAGCAACACCCUGGGCUACCAAGGUGCAAUUGUAGCUCUUUAAUCUGCCAAUCCCAACCCAACCAUGUAGAUAGGAACUGUCUGCUCUGCAUUUUGCAUGCUGCAAACACCUCCUGCAGCAGCUCCCCCAAAAUAGAGCGAUUUGGGAAUAGUGAGGCUGAAGCCACAGCAGAUUGAGGUUGGGCUCAGCUUAUCAACCCAGGCUACAUUGCUUCCAGCUCAGCCUCGCUGCCCUUUGUAGCCUGCCCGGAGGAAGGGAGUGCUGCUGAGUGCCCAAAAAAUAACACUGAGCAAAAGUUUCUUUCAGUGUAUGAUUAAAAAAUGAGUGUAUCUCGCAUGGAUCACGAGAGCAUUGUUUGCCAUCAGCCCCAAAACGCAAAGGAUGCUGAAAUGCAGCCAAAGGGAAAUCAAGCACGCAGGGAAGGACUUGAAUCAGCUCAACUGGAUUGAAAUGGCGAAAAGCAGGAGUACAAUGAAUUCCAAGGGGAUGCUGGAGAUCCUCCUUCCGUGAGCAAAAUGCAGCCAUUGGAACUAUUGCUUCUUGUGCUUCGGUUGCUGCUGAUGUGUACAUAGGGCUGUAGCAUAUGUAAAGUUACACGUGUCGAGCUGCUCGCACCGCGUAGAGCUAAUAUAUAUCACUAUGUAUGUGGGCACUGAACGCCACCGUUGGCCAUAGCCAGCCAACCCAUCCUAAAUGAUUGUCACGUCGCUGUAACUAAAGUGGAGAUAAAUAUACUUCCAGUAAUAAGAAGAAGAACCAUCAGGACUUGGAGGCAAUGUGAGCUUUGUGAGCCACGACUGUUUUGUAUGCUUGUAACGCCGCAUGCAACGACGUUUUACUUUCCAGUGGUUUUCUAAGUGUUUGACGUCUGGUGCAAACAGGUUUUGGUGACAUCCUG